AUGGAAGACUCCAUCUUUCUGUGUCAAAGCAAAUAUGCUAAGAGUAUUGUGAAGAAAUUUGGAUUGGAAAAUGCUAGUCACAAAAGAACUCCUGCAUCUACUCACUUAAAGUUUUCUAAAGAUGAAAAAGGCUUAAGUGUUGACCAGAGCUUAUGUAGAAACAUGAUUGGCAGCCUUCUAUACCUUACAUCAAGCAAACCAGAUAUAACUUUUGUUGUUGGUGUGUGUGCUAGGUAUCAAGCAGAAUUCAAAAUGAGUCACAUCAAUCAAGUAAAGAGGAUUCUAAAGUAUGUGAAUGGAACAAGUGUUUAUGGAAUGUUGUACUCCCAUGAUUCAAAUUCUAUGUUAGUAGGAUAUUAUGAUGUUGAUUGGGCUGGUAGUGUUGAUGAUAGGAAUAGUACCUCUGGAGGAUGUUUCUUCUUGGGAAACAAUUUGGUUUCAUGGUUCAGCAAGUAA